ACGGCUGGUGACGUCUAAGAAGCUGAGACAGUAUGAGCUGGGCUGCCGAGCCUCUGACUGCUGCAAGCUUUCGCUCCAGGUGUGAGUUUCUUUAGUCUUUGUAGUUCACAUUAUGGGGGACAUUUACAAGUAUCCCGUUUUCUUCGAGUGUUCCAAUCUGAGCGCAGAGCAAAAGAAGAGGAUAGAAAACUAUUUCCAUAUUCGUCGCAAAUCGGGCGGCGGUGAGUGCGGCUCGGUGACGGACGUAAACGACAAAGUUUACAGCGUCGCGUUUAAGGAGCGAGAUGCUCAACAAAGAGUCCUGCAAAAAUCUCAGCAUGAGUUCAACUUUCCAGAUUGUACUCUGGUUCUGACUGUGAGAGACAGCCCAGGACCUCCUGUCGCUUCUCCCACAUCCCCCUCGUCUCCAGGCCAGCCAGUUAGCCCCAAACUGGAUGUAACCUCUUCACAGAAUCAGUCAUCUCCUGCAUCAAGCCUGACAGUCAGUGGUGAAGAAUACGAACCAUCUAUUGAUAGCUAUCUCCUCCGUUACUUAAGUGAAUGUCCAAAGGCUGGGAAAGAACUGGAGACAGAGCUUUUCUCUGUGGGCUGCAGUGCUCAGCUUUUCCCAGAUAAGAUUUUAGUUAGAAGAGAUCAACCAUGUGCUGCAGAUGUUAACUGGAAAGCUGAGGUAGACAAAGUUUUUGAUGGCUACCUGUCCCACUAUGAGGUGAAUGCUCGCAAUGUCAAAGCUUUGCUCCAGUCCUUGAACUCUCCAAAGACAACGGAUGAGGUGAAGGUGUACAGCGAGCCUGGGUUGACAGUGGUGGUUGGGAAACAGUCUAAGGUGAACGCCAAGUUAUUGGAAGUCAAGAGCAUAAGAGGUAAACUUGGAUCAGCAUCAGGUGUGAGUGAGAAGCAAAACAGUAUUCGUCGACUGGGUGAGGCCAAACUCCGUCUCCUCUGGAGAGAGAUUGAGCAAGGUUUGGGAGAACAUUUUCCAGAGGUGAAAGCCACACAGGGUGAAGAAGGUCAGCUGACUUUGGCAGGUUCUGUGGAGGAGAUUCUUGAGGCUGGACAACUAGUAUCUGAUAAGGAGAAAUUGGUGUUAGAGCGCACAGUUUCUGACAAGAGCCCAUAUUUUUUCAGCUUCCUCAGAAAGGUAUAUGGAGGGCCAAGGGUGCUAGGGGAUUUUUUAGGUGUCGGUGACAAGGUGGAAAUAGAGUUAAGAGACACAGAGCUACUUUUCUUUGCACUCUCGGCUGGUAAACUGGAUGAUGCGGAAAAAAAACUGAAAGAAAAAUUCAAGGAUGUCAGGUUUGAAGUUCCGAACUGCUCUAUUGUGCCACUGGAGCUUCGGGAAAAACUUAAUUCCAAGACAAAUAAGAUGAAUCAAGGGCAGUGUAGGGCUCAAGUUGUGUUUACCUCAGACAGCAUUGUGUACUUGGUGGGCCACAGCAAUGAGGUUGAAGAGCUGAGCGACAUUGUCACACAGUUUAUUUUGGACCAGGCAAGUGUAGAAGGACGCGUCCCUCUCCCUUUCCCAGAGUUGCUAGAACUCUUACCAGACCUGUUGCAGCUGUUUAAGUGUGACUCUUCAGAGGUUACCUUACAUCCUUUAACAUCUUCCUCUAGACCAGUGGUGCUACUGGAAGGCCCAUCUGGAAAAGUGACUGAGUUUAGGAAUAAGCUGGGUCCACUUCUUCAGUCCCUUGUUAGGGACAGAGUCAGCAUUAGCAUGCCAGGGGCAGCAAGGUUUUUUGAAGGUCUCGCUGGAAGAAACACUCUCCUAAGUGUUGGUCAAUCCUACAAGUGUCUCAUACAGCUUGAAGAACAGAAUCAUGUUAGUAGACAAAAUUCAGGAGUUACCAAAUACAACCUUUGCGAUGGGCUCCAGGUGUUGGUCUGUCAGGGUGACAUCACCACACAACGGGCUGAUGCCCUGGUGAAUGCUGCUAAUGAAGAUCUGGAUCAUGGUGGUGGUGUGGCUGCCGCAUUGAGUAAGGCAGGUGGUCCUCAGGUGCAGAUAGAGUGCAGAGCCAUGGUGAAGCAAACUGGAAAAAUCCCUACAGGUGAUGUGGUAGUGACCACCGGCGGAAACCUGAAAUGCAAGAAACUGCUGCAUGCAGUUGGGCCUGUUAAUGGAAAAUGUGGUGGCAAAGAGAGAAUGCUACUGGAAAAGACUGUCAGCUCUGCUCUGAAUUCAGCAGAAAUGAUGAAGCUUACAUCCAUAGCCAUGCCCUGUAUCAGCUCAGGAUUGUUCUGUGUUCCUCUUACUGUGUGCGCUGAGGCUAUUGCAACUGCUGUUAAAGAGUUUGGCAGUCAGGGAGGUCGAAGUCUGAGCAAAAUCAUCCUGAUAGAUAAGAAAGGAGAGGUGGUGAGGGCCAUGCGGGAUGCGUGUGACAGAAUUCUUCGAGGGACAAGUACCGAACUCCAGCCAAAUGCAUCUGGCCCAAAUACAGCGGGACAAGCCACUGCUGGUGCUACUGGGUGCUGCGUCCAAGUGGAGAUCGUUCAGGGAACACUAGAGAACCAACAGGUUGAUGUCCUCGUAUCUCCUAUGGUUGCCCAUGAUCCUGUCUCUUCCCGUGUUGGAAGUGUGCUGUCCAAUGUGAUUGGCCCUCAGAUGAUUGCAAAGUUUCAUCAGGAAGCAGGAGGUGCGACACUGCCUGGUGAAAUAGUGUUGGUGGAGAACUUACCUCCUCUGCAAUGCAAAGCAGUGGCCUUCCUCAACCUAAUUUCCUGGGACAACAAUCAAAAUGGAACAGCAGUCCAGGUGCUGAGACAGGGCAUCAGAAAAAUUCUGGCAUCCUGUCAGAUCAGAGGUUUUAGUUCAGUGGCCUUUCCUGUGCUCGGGACUGGUGCUGUCCUACAAUUUCCUCACAGCGUGGCAUCCAGGGUUCUUCUGGAGGAGGUUGGUGAAUUUGAAAAGAACAGAAUCAACAGUCCACCUUUCCUGGUCCGCAUUGUGAUUCAUCCUGGUGACAAAGAUUCAAGCAAGGCCUUCCAGUCUGUGCAGGGAAAUUUGCAUCUCAGAGGAUUCACAAGUGAUAUUAACCCAGAUCAAGAGUCCUUUUACCGCCAUGUCUCUGUGUCUGAUCAUGAGGUCACAGCCAUGGUGGGUGGAGUCAAAAUUCAGAUGCUCCGUGGAGACAUCUUAAAUGGGGGCACCGAUGUCAUUGUCAAUACUACUGAUUUCUCUCACUCUUCUGGUGUUUCCAAAGCCAUUGUGACUGCAGCAGGGCCAUCAGUCCAAGCAGAGUUAGCUCAAAGAAUUCCUUCAGACUGGAUGAUCACCACAGGGCCUGGAAUGCUGGGAUGUAAGGAAAUCAUCCACGCUGGCUUUAACUGUGAUCCUCAGUUGAUUCGCAAGUACUGCAAAAAGAUACUGGUGCACUGUGAGAACAAAGGCUACAACUCGGUGUCUUUCCCAGCCAUCAAUACUGGAGCGGGGGGUAUGCCCUGUGAUAAAGCUUGUAAAGCCAUGCUGGAUGGGAUGGCUUCAGCUAUUGCAAAGAUAAGACCAAGUUCUCUGUCACUCAUUCGCAUUGUCAUCAUGGAACAACCAGUCUUCCAGGCUUUCAGAAAAGAGCUGGAGAAUCGCUUUGGACAAAUAACUCCUUGCCAUAUCGGUCUGAGAGAAAAAGCCAAACAGAAGCUCAAGAAGUGGCAAAAGAAACAUUCAAAAUUCUUCCCUUCAAUGGCACCACAAGAAAAAACCUUUGCCUCUAAACCUCAGCCAGCUAUGAUACGUGUAAUAAGCUGUGAUCCAUACAUCACCAAGACCAUCCAAAGUGAGCUGGAGGGGAUCCUGCAGAAGCACCUGAUAAAGAGGGAAGUAGACAUGCAGGAAUUUUCAGCGCUUGAGCCCAUGGAGCUCGAGGCAGUGCAGGCAAAAAUCAAAGUCCUAGGAAUAAGCCUGGAGCACAAGAAACAUCAACAUAGCAAGAGCAGCCCUGGAAAUACAGUUGGACCUGAAGCUAGAGAUCAGAUGGGGUCAGGAAAGGACGUCUAUGUGCUGGAAGGCCUAAAAGAGGACAUUCUGAGUGUCACUGAGCUCAUAGGCAGAGCAACCCAAGAAGCACUUUAUAAAAACUUUCAAGAUAAAGAAGAAGCAAUAACAGCUCUAAAUGUGCAGUGGUCUUUGAAGGACGUAAAUGGAGCCUGGCAGGAGGUGAGUCUGCGUGACAACUACAUGUUGGAGUACGCUCAAACGCAGAACAAAAUCUUUGUUGACAUAGAUGCGCCAGAUGGCUCAAGAGUGACCGUAAACCUGAAGACAAAAGAAGCCACAAAUGGGGUGACAGGAAUGACAUACAAGCUAAAAAGGAUCGAGUCUGGAGCAUUGGAGAUGCCAAUUAAAUGGGAUCCUAUGAAGGAAGAAAUGUUCAUGAAGGUAGAACUGCAGCCUACCUCACAGGAAUACCGGGAAAUAGCCCAGGGUUUCCUGAAAACAGCCAAAUUCAACAUUUGCAAAAUUGAGCGUGUGCAAAACUUCUACCUGUGGAACGCCUACAGUGUGUGUAAGGAGCGUAUACUUGCCAAGAAUGGACCAGCAGAGCUAGGUGAGAAGACUCUCUACCACGGCACAUCAGCAGAGUCAUGCCAAUGCAUUGAACGGGACCGAUUUGACAGGGGUUAUGCAGGAAAAAAUGCUGCAAGGUAUGGAAAAGGAGUUUACUUUGCUGUCAAUGCAGCAUAUUCAGCUAAUGGAUUUUCCCCAGCAGACAAAUCAGGCUUAAAGAGGUUGUAUGUUGUUCGUGUCCUGACUGGCCGUUACACGGUCGGUAAGAGCAGCAUGAUUUCACCUCCUCCUCGAGGCUCAGAUCCCACUGACUGCUACGACAGUCUGGUGGACAACCAGCAGCAGCCCAACAUGUUUGUGAUCUUCCAUGAUGACCAGGCCUACCCAGAAUACCUCAUUACCUUCAAGUGAGAAAGACUGAGAGAAGUCAUGCAUCAACACUGUGGGGUCAAAGAAAUGUACUAUAGUGUAAAUGUUUCUACUCUGAAUUAAUGUUAGAUCUCGUUAUUUAGAUUUUGUCUUGAGCGAUGUAUUCCUGUAAUACAGAUGCAUGUUAAAGUAUAUCAAAACCAAGUAGUUAUUUAAAGUGGAUAAGACUUCAUCUCAGCUAACUGUGCGUAUUUGAGAGAUUUUUAAGAACGGUUGCGAGUCAUAACUUUGCCUCAUUUGCCCCUAACAGCCAUUAAGUUUCUACAUUACGUAGUUCUUGUGAUAUGAAAAAUAACUCCCUCUUCUUUUGUUCUUUUUUUAAUACAAAUUUUCUUGAAUAGAACUGGAAUCAUUUAUUUUAAAUAAAAUACAAAGUUCUAAGAUUUAA